UACAUAGUUGAAUGUCUAUAUUUUGUGGACAUAGAGGCGCUUCAAAAUAAGGUAACAGCUAAAUCCCGCGGGCGCGACGGGUAUGGCCGUUUGCUCCUCUCUCUUAAGGUUUCUGUCUGGUUUGAAAUUAUGGUUUAUGUAAUUUCACUUUGAUGAGGCGAAUAACUGGGAAAAACAGCUGGCCCCGCUGUCAUCGGACUAGGACGACGGAUAAAGCUCGCCACACGAGCGAGAUCACGAGGUAUUUCACGGAGGGCUGUUUAAUUAGAAAUUAGAAUCCCGAGGAUGGGCUCCGGCCAGAGCGCCCGCAAGCUGACCAUCUCGAACGAGGAGGAAGUCGGGGUGAUCAAGGUGUCAAACGCGAUCGUACAGCGUCUCGCCCAGGGGGAGAAAUCCAAGUUGCAUAAGCCACUGCCGGAUGCGAUACCCGCCGCACCGAUCCAGCACCCGGCGCCUUCCACGGUGACUGCUGUGCCUCACGCCAGUGAAGCGACGCAUGAGCAGCCAGUGUAUUAUUAUCCAGAGUUGACGGUGUCUGCUCUUCAAAUUCAGCAGCAAAUGGAAGAGGAACUGCAGCAGCAGGAUCAGUACUGGCAAAGGCGUCUACAAAAUAUCGAGGAUGGUUACCAAAAGAUCAAUCGCGUUUUAGAGGAAGAAUACAAGAAGGCAGCUAACGAGUCCUCUGUCGCUAAGCCUGGACAAAAAAUUACAGAUAUCCAGAAUACAGUGCAACCGUGUUUAGAGAACAGUAAUAAAGUCCUGAAGUGUUUCCAGGACCAUCCCAAGGAGACUCUGAAAUGUUCAAAUUUGGUAGAAGAGUUUUCGAAUUGUGUCUGGAACGUGCAUACACACAUGAUCGAAACGCGUUCGUAAUAUAUUCUACUUGCGCGACUCAUGGAUCAUGACAUCUUCAAAACAGAACAUUUAGUUAACAGAUAAAUUGUAUAUUAAACUGUAAUGCCUAAAAUUGUUUCAGCAGAAUUGUUGCUGAUGAAAAAUAGUAUAAAGCAAAGAGUACAUGAGGAGAAAUGCAAAAAAUAAAUGAAUAUAUAUUGUGAUUUAUAACAAAAUGAGAUGAUUAUUACAUGUACGAGAUAAAUAUUGUUGAGCAUUAAA